AGUCGCUAGCUUAACUCGCAUCUGGUUCAGUUUGUUUGCAGCUGGCGGUUGAUUCAGCAGAAUGCCUAUUUUUGCGCCUACGGUAACGUUGAAUAAUGGCCACAAGAUGCCCGUACUGGGCCUCGGGACCUGGCUGUCCCGCGAAGGCGAAGGUAUCGAGGCCAUCAAAGCUGCGAUUGAUGCCGGCUAUCGGCAUAUCGACACCGCUUAUCUGUAUCGCAACGAGAAAGAAGUGGGUCAAGCCAUUCGCGAAAAAAUCGCGGAAGGUGUAAUCAAACGGGAGGACAUCUUUGUCACCACGAAGUUGUGGAACAACUUUUUCGAGCCAUGUAAAGUUGCGGAAGCAUUUAAGCGUUCCUUUGAGAAUUUGGACAUCGGUUAUAUCGAUCUGUAUCUCAUGCACAGUCCGAUGAGCUUCAAAUUCGACGGCUGGGAAUUGGGUCAUGUAGAUGCAACGACCAAGCCGGAGUAUGCUGACGUGGACAUCGUAGACACCUGGCGAGCAAUGGAAGAGCUCUUGAACACGGGAAAAGUAAGAAGCAUCGGGGUUUCGAAUUUCAACAGCGAGCAAAUCGCUCGCAUCUUGCAGCAAUGUGAGAUGAAACCCGUCACGAAUCAAGUCGAAUGCAAUCCUGGUAUCAACCAACGUAAACUAAUCGAAUUCUGCCGAAAACUGGAUAUAGUGGUGACCGCGUACAGCCCAUUGGGACGCCCCAACUAUUACGAGAUGGAUCCCGUAAAAGUACCAAAACCAGCCCUCGAUGAUCCACGCGUUAAAGCGAUUGCUGAAAAAUACAACAAGACUCCGGGACAGGUCAUUUUACGUUAUUUGGUGGAAAUCGGUACUGUGCCGGUUCCAAAAUCGUCGAAUCCGGUACGUCUUCGUCAGAAUAUCGACAUAUUUGAUUUCCAACUGACUAAGGAGGAAAUUGAAACGAUGGAUGGACUCAACACGGGCAAACGAACCGUACCGUUUCAUGUUUGGAUCAGCCAUAAAAACUAUCCAUUUCAUAUCGAAUUUUAAAGAAAUAUACCUUUCUUAAUCAAUUA